AUGCUGUAUAGGAUUAUUGAGAAAGUCUAUAAAUAAAUUCCAUCGAAAUAUUAGUAGAGAUUAAAAGAUAUAGAAUUCGACAACUUAUAAAGCAUGAGAGUAACAAAUGAUGAUAUAAUAGAUUGAAUUUACUAAUGGUAUAGUACAAAAAACAUAUAAUUAUGAAGUUUUAUCAAACAAAAUUCAAUUAAUCCAAGUAUGAUUAAUUAUAAAUAGGCAUCUACAGUAAUCAAAGAAUUAGUUAGAAUUUUAUUUAGAAUGGAAACUCUCCCAAUAAUUCCUUUAAUUUAUUUACUUACUUUACCAGAUUUAUUUUGGUCUGAAUUCUUUAUUACAUUGUAUACAAUAAUAUGCUUAUUAUUGGAUAUGAUAAUCUCAUACCUAAUACUAUUUUAUAAUCUAAAAUAAAGGUGGAAAUUAGAAGACGAUAUCAAUAAGUAGUAAUGUAGAGUGUUAGCAGAUAUAGAUUCAUUGUUAUAAACCUAAAAGAAAACAUCCUCAAAGAAAAUUUAAUGGUAGUAAUUAAAAGUAGGUUAAAUUGUUUGCCUUUAGAAGGGAGAAAAGAGUCCAGCAGAUAUAUUAAUUUUAGAGUCAAGUUAGGAAUAAGUAUUUAUUGAUUUUAAGAUUAAAUACCCUUGUCCUUGUACAUUUGUAAAUUAGGCAUCUAAAACUAAAGGUAUUAUGACAAAGUUUCUAAUAAAUUUAAGUGGUUGGAUAUAAUUUUAAAGUUAUAAAUUAGGGACUAUUAAGUUAAAAAAUGAUCCAAAAACCACUUAAUUUACAGAUUUAAAUUUGAUUUAUAGAGGAUAAAUUUUAAAUCAAACAGAUUGGAUUUUUGGAAUAGUAAUUUAAGUAGGACAUGGAUGCUUUUCAUAAAGAGAUCGAUAUUACAAUUGGAACUACUAUAAUUAGAAUAGCUUUUAUUUAUUUUUAAUGAAUAUUCUAAUCUUUUUGAUCCUUUUAAUUCCAAAGUUAGUUAUUUAAUCAUACUAAGAAUUUCCAACUUAUCAAAAUUCUAUAAUAAUAUGUCUAUUACUUAUGCCAUAAAACUAUUUUAUUAUAAAUUAAGUUUGGUUGCUAAUGCAUCAACUAAACAUAAAUAAAUUAGAAAUAAAAUAAUCAGUGGAUAUUAAAUCAAAGACAACUAAAUAACAAUAAUAGUAACUUGUAGAGUACUCUGAUCCAAUAGUAUAGGAAUAUGAUAAGAAAGUUCUUAUUUAAGUAUAAAAAGUAGAAUAAAAAAAUAAUAAUUCUAUAAUAAAUAUAGCUUUAAGCAAGAAAAAUCCAACUUAGUGUAAUAUUUAUAAAUAUAAUCAAUUAUCAAAUUAAAAUAUCUUAGAAUUAAUGAAGACUGAUGUAAUAGUAUUUGAAAAUCCACAAAAAAUACUAAAAGAUGAUAUUAGAGUUUGUAUAAUCAUACAUGAAAAAUUUAGAUACUAAUUUAAUUAUGAAAAAUUAUAAAGUAUAAUUUAAAAAACUACUCCUAAUCAAAAACAUAAUUAUGAAAAAUUACUUUUAGAUACUAAUAGAUUUUAAGCUUAUGAUGAAUAAAAAACAUAAGAUAUUGAAUUAUUAUUAGCUGAAAAAUAAUAACCUACAUUAAGAAUAAUAGAUGAAAAAAAACCUAUAUAGAAAAUGGGGUUCUUAAAAGACCAAACUAAAUUAAGCUUAUUAUAAAAAGAAAUGAAAGAUUCAAAAGAUCUUAAAAAACAAAGUGGAGAUUAAUAAAAAUUAAACCCAAAUAGUUCUUUUAGAAAAUAAAGUGCAAGAAACUUAUUCUAAUCUAAUACUUUAGUGUAACAAUAAAAGGAAAUUCAUUAAUAACAAUUAUUAUUAACUUAAUAAUUAUCUCAAUAAUCUAAUACUUUAAUUUCACUUUAGAGUUCUCCUAAAAUUUCAAGAUAAAAGAGUAGUAAUCAUCUUUCAUAAAGUUAAUUGAAUAUUCAUAUUAAAUCAUAAGGAGGAUCAUUAAAAAAUAUUAUUCCCCCUUAAUAAGAUAUGAGUAGUGAUUAAAUUAUUGGUGAUGUAUUAAAUGAACAAGAUUUUAUAAAUAAACUAUUAAAUAAAUCUGAUAUAGUAUCAAAUGAAAUAUUAGUGGUUUUACUAUUAUGUAAUAAUAUAGAGAGUGUUUAUGAUAAGAAAGUUAAAAAGAUUGAAAAUAUUUAUUAUAAUUCAUUUGAUUAAUCAAUACAAGAUUUUGUGAAAAUAUUUGAUUAUAAAUUUAUAUCAAGUGCUACUAUUGAUAAUUUCAAAGUUGAAUAUAACCAAGAUUAAAUAAUUAAGAAAGCAGUAUCAAUCUAAGGAGUUGUUAAAAUCUUUGAUAUUAUAGCAAUAUUGAAGCCAACAGAUAAUAGAUAAAAUACUCUAUCUAUUUUAGUGAAAGAUCCUGAAUCAUUUGAAUUAGAUGAAGGAGCUUUAUUAUAUACUAGAUAAGAAAUAUGUGAUAAUAAUUAUAAUGAUUAGAGAUAACCUAUAAUAAAUGAAACUAUUGAAGAAAUGUUUUGGGAUGGAUAAAAAUCAAUUAAAUAUUAUAAAAAAUAAUUAGAUUUCUAAUAAGCAUAAUAAUUCUUGAACAAACUAAAUUCUAUUAAUGAAACAUAUCGAAAUAGAGAAGAAGAGUUAGAUAAACUUUAUUAGUAGAUUGAAUAAGAUUGUUAGUUAUUCUUUGUUUUAGGAUUGAAACAAUUUAUACCAACGAAAAAUUAAUUAAUUACUUAAGAAAUUUCAAAUAAUAAUCUUAAUUAAAAAAAAAUGUUUUAAACGCUUUUAAAACACAAUUAUAAAACUUGCUUUUUAAUUGAUACCUAUGAAGAAUUAAUUUCCUUUUUAAGAACUUAUCAUAUUGCUGAAAAGAAUUAGAUUGAUCUUUUUUUAGAAGUCAAUACUAUUCAUUAUAAAUUUAGAUAAUCUAUUCAAAAUUUAAUAGAAAAAUAAAACAUUUUUGAGGUAGAAUAAUAAAAAUUAGUAGAAAAUUUCAUUGUAAUUAAUAAUGAAACACUUGAAGCAAUAGUAAAAGAUGAUUAUCUUAAAUAUCAUUUUGUUUUGCUCUUUUAUUUUUCAUAAGGGGUUGGAGCUUAUUAAUUAGAUGAAAAACAAAAAGGAAAACUUUUAAAAUUGAUAUCAAUUACUGAAAGAUAUAUAGCCUCUAUUGGUUCAGGAUUAGACAAUUAAUAUUUUUUUUAUAAAUCUAAUUUCUCUUUUAAUAUAUUUAACUCAGAUCCUUAAUGUGCACUUUCUAAUCCAAACUUUUUAAUAGCUAAAGUUGAUUAAAUGUUCAAACUAUUAUUUUAUUAUUGUCCAACCAUAUACUUAAACUAUGAAUCUAUCAUUUUAAUCUAGAUUUAUAGAUGUUUUUUAUUUGGUUUUUUAUCAUAUUUGAUAGACUUUUAAAAUCCAUUUUAUAAAUUAAAUGAACUUAUUUUCUUUUUUUUAGUGCCAAGCAAUAUAGCUACAUGUAUGCUGAAUUACGAAAAUUUUAUACAUUUUAAAAGGUAUGAAAAUAAUUAAUUUGAAAUUUAUCGAAAGAGAUUAGAAUUGAUUAAAUCAAGUAAUAUUUAUCUCAAAAUAAUCAAAAUAAUCUUUAUAGCCUUAUUAGAUUCAAUAUUAGUUGAAAUUUGCUUUAACAUAUUUGAUAUAUUCAAAAAUUAAGAACUUGAAAAUUAUUCUGUUUAUAUGUACAUUAUUCUAGAAUUAAUUGAAAAAUAAAAAUAUAUUAUGACCCAAUUAAAUUCACACUAUGAAAUUGGAAAAAUGCUAAAGCUUAUUUUCUCAUACAUCAUAAUAUUAUCUCUAUUAAUAUUGAUAUAUAGUCUUGUAAUAACAGAUAUAAUAAAUUAAUUAUCGAAUUUAAAUUUGAUAUUUUGGAUAUUCGGAUUAAUAUUUACCUUAUCGAUUUCAUUUAUACUCUAAGAAAUACUAAUAAUAGCAGAAUUUGACUUUUCAUGCUAAAAUGAUAUUUUAUUUCAUAUUGAGUAUCAAGUUGAAAUAGAGAAGAUAAGAUAAUCUUUGAAAUUCAUAAAAAAAAGUAAUUCUAAUAAGUCGAAAUUGUUUAUUGAAAAAUUAUUUGAAGGAAAAGAUAUAAUGGAUGAUUAAUUAUUAAAAUAAAUUAAAGGAGAAUAAUAGAUGACUGAUUAAAUGGAAAAAGAUUUAAAAUUUACAGAUAAGAGAACAGAAAAGGAUUUUCUAAAUUAACUUAAACCCUAAAAUAAAUAUAUUUAUCUUAUAUAUGAAUUAACAAUAUUCGGAAUAAGAAUCUAUUAAUAAAUUAAUAAUCUUUAAAUAGCUUAUCUGGUUAUUUCUGUAAUUUAAUUUUUUACAAUGAGUUUAAUGUCUUAAAUUUAAAAUUUCAAAUUAAAACCAUUAGUCUUACUUACAUUGAGAUUUGUAUUUUUUAUAGUUCUACAUGCCUUACAAGAUACUGAUUUAAAUGAAACAUUAAUGUUUUUGAUUUCAAUUUCUUUGAUUCAUCAUCCAUUAUUAGGAAUUUAUGGAUAUUAUUGUGUAUGUUUUAUCUCUACAAUAAUUGAUAUGGUGAUUGUAGGAUUAUUAAAUAAUGCUAAUCCAUAUUUUAUUCUAAACCAUGGUUUAAUUUUAGUAGAAAUGUGUCUUCCAUUAAUAAUUUAAGUUUAUAAAAUAGAAUUUUUAUAAAGAUAUUAAUAUAUUCUUUAAAAUAAGUUAUUAGAUGAAUAUAAGAAACUUAAUGAUGCUUUAGGUCUUUUAAUGCCUCGAUUUAUAAAAGAAAGAAUGUCAAAAGGAUAAAUAUAAAUAUCAGAAGAUUAGGGAGAUGUUGCUAUAUUAUUUUGUGAUAUAUAUGAUUUUGAUGAUAUAAUUAGAAAUGAAUAAAUAAAGGUUGUAGAAUUUUUAGAUAAUUUAUAUCGUUAAUUUGAUUAAUUCUGUUAAGCAAAUGAAUUAUAGAAAAUAGAAACAGUAGGUAAAACUUAUAUGGCUGCAGGUGGAUUAAAAGAUUAUAACAUAUCAGAUAAUUAGAAUUCAACAGAAAGAAUUUUAGAUACAGCUCUUUAAAUGUAGGAAAGUGUUAAAACUAUGAAAUAUGGAGAUAAUAAAGCUGUUAUAUUAAAAAUUGGUAUACAUUAUGGUAGAGUAAUUGCUGGUGUUAUAGGGGCACAUAAACCUUAAUUUUCUUUAAUAGGAGAUACAGUAAAUACAACUAGUAGAGUAUGUUCAACAUCAGAACCAGGUAUUAUAACUUUGAGUUCAUAAGCUUAUGAAAAAGUAUACAAUAAAAAAUAUUAAUUUAAAUUAAGAGAAGUUGAAGCAAAAGGCAAAGGAACUAUUAAAACAUAUUAAUUUGUUAAAGGCAAUAAAAAAUAAUAAUAAGCUAUUCUUAAAGUUGCUGAUGAUAUCUCAAAAUCUCCUAAUCCACAAUUAUAAAAUUAAAUGUAUAAAAAAAUUUAAGAAAAUCUUAAAAAUAAAAGAAAAACUAUUUUAAAAAAACUAUCUACAAAUGAAGAUAAAUAAGAUAUUGGUCCAAUCACAAUUUAAAAUACAAAUAUAAAUUAAAAUACAAAAUUAUUACCAAUUAUAACUCCUUAAUCCAUUUAACCAAUGAUAAGACCAUCAUCAAGAUCAGUGUUUAAUUCUUCUUACUAAAUGGGAUUACUAACACCUAACGAAUAAGAAUAAGAUAAUAAUAAUAAUAAUAUUAAUAACAACAAUAAUAAUAAUAAUAAUAAUAAUAAUAAUAAUAAUAAUAAUAAUAAUAAUAAUAAUAAUAAUAAUAAUAAUAAUAAUAAUAAUAAUAAAUAGGAAGAUAAGGAAAAAGAAAGAAUUAAUAUUAAUAAUAUUUAAGCUGAUGGAUUAAAAUCUAGUAUUCCUAUUGGAGGAUAUGCUGCAGUAGGUUCAUAUACAAAAAGAGUAUCAAAUCUAGCAUUUGAAUUAAACCCUAUAAAAUCAAGAAAAUCAGUUUAUAAAAGAACUAAUACUAAAAAUAAUUUACCUGAAUAAGAUUAAAUCUUAGUGAUUGGUACUAGCUGUUAAAGAUUGACAGAAAAUAUAAGAACAGACUUAUCUGGCAUAAAAAGAAAGAAAACAAGAAUAAUAGUUGAAAAACAAAUUGAUUACAUUAAUAGUAUUGAAUCUUUAUCAGCUCAUAAAACCCCAAAAGAAAUGAGGCUUUAAUCUCAUGUUGAUGAAUUAGAAAUAAGAAAAAUAAUAGAUAUAGAAGAUACCAUUUAUUAAAAUGAAUAUGACUUAAAAAAUAUGGAAGAAAAAGUUGAAAUAUAAAAGUAUGGUAUUUAAGAGUCUGAUUAUAAAAGUGAUAGUCAUGAUUAAUAUUUCUCAAUAUAUGAUUAAUACAGAGACUUUGAUAUUAAAUAGGUAAAGAUUUUAAUUGUAUUUAUUAUAAUAUUGUUGAUAAUCAAAAAUUUAUUGUAUUAUCUAUUGUAAAAUAUAAGUUAAGAAUUAUAGAUUAUAUUUUUUAGCUAGUCAGUUAGUUGUUUAGUAUUAUCAAUAGUAAUUUAUCAUGUUAAAAAGAUAUACAUUUUAAAAUUGUUAAUUGGGUUAUAUUUUAUAAUAUUUUGUAUAGAUAGCAUUUUAAUAAUAAAUGUAUAAGAUACUCAAAUGGAAUUGAUAUUUUAAAUAAGUUAAAUGACUGCUGUUUAUUUAAAUUUAUUAUAUUUAUAAAUUUACAAUAGAAAGGAUAAAUUUAAAUUGUCUAUGUUAUAUACAAUACUCAUAUUAAUAAAUUUAGUGUAUAAUGAAUAAAUAUUGAAUAUUAUUCUCUUUUGUAUUUGCAUCACAUUAUCUAAUUUGAUGAUUUAGGAAAAAGAGUUGAAAAUCUUGGCUGAAAAUUAUUAAUGUUUUUCAUAAUUUGAGUCAAAAAAUGCAAAAUAAACAUAAAUUUUAUAAUAUUUAUUACCCUAACAUAUAAUAGGUAGAUUUUUUUCAACAGAUAUUACAACAACAGAUAAUUUUACAGAUGUAUUUGAAAAUUGUACAAUUUUAUUUGCUGAUAUUGCAGGAUUUACAAAAUAUUCAAGUUCAGUAGAACCAGAAUAAGUAGUUAAUAUGCUUAGAAUAUUAUUUUAAUAAUUUGAUGAGGCUUGUUAAAAAUUUUAAGUUUACAAAUUAUACACAAUUGGUGAUUGUUAUGUGUGUAUGGGUAUCAUAGAUGCAAAUAAUAGAGAUCCAGUUGGUGAAGUAUAUAAAUAUAUUAUAUAGGCUAUAAAUGUUGUUUUAUUUGGAUUAAAAAUGAUAUAGAUAAUUCAAUAGAUAAAUAAAGACCCUUAAUUUUAACAUUUGAAUAUGAGAAUUGGAGCACAUACAGGAAAAGUAAUAGGAGGUGUUGUAGGAACAGAUGUUGUUAGAUAUGAUAUUUAUGGAGAAGAUGUUACAACAGCUAAUAAAAUGGAAUCAAAAGGAUAAGAAGGUAAAAUAAUGAUCAGUCAAGAUACUAAAGAUCUAAUAGAAAGUGAUGGAGAAUGUAUUGGUAUUUUCGAUUAUGAAUUUGCAUAAGAAGUUUAUUUAUCAUAAAAUAAUACUACAAUAUCUACUUAUUUUGUAAACUUUGAUUAAAAUGAUGAUGAUUAAUGA